CUAAGGGAUUCACUGUCACUACACUCUCUCUGUAGAUGGCAGGGGGUGUCCUCUCUCCUUUGGAUAAUCUGUGUGGAGUGGACUGUUCCAAUGUCCAUCCCCUGUUUUGUCACCUGUGCCAUGAGCAGUACCAGCACCCAUGCCUCUUAGACUGUUACCACAUCUUCUGUGCGCGCUGCCUACAAGGCAGAGCCAAUGAAAGUCGUCUCAACUGCCCCCUCUGCGGAUACCCAUCAGUUGUAAAAGGAAUGAAUGCACUCCCACCAGAGGACCGUCUGCUGAAGUUCCUAGUUGAUAACUCUACCGAUGACUGUGAAGAGACAGUCCAGUGUGCCAACUGUGACCACCAGAGCAACAAACAGGACACAGGGCCAAUGUACUACUGUAACACGUGUAGCCAGCCCCUGUGUGGAGCUUGCAGGGAUUCCACACACAAGGCCAAGAUGUUCUCCCACCAUGAGAUUGUGUUCCUGGCCAAACGCACCAAAGUGUGCCACCGGAUGUGCUCUGUCCACGAUGAGCCCUACAUCAUGUUCUCCACAGAGAAGAAGUCGAUGCUCUGCAUCAAGUGUUUCAGAGACAUGCAAGUAGAGAGCCGGAUACACUGCAUCGAUAUUGAGACAGCAUACAUGCAAGGCUGUGAGAUACUAGACCAGGCAGUGCUGGCAGUGAAGGAGCUGCAGACAUCGGCCUGUGAGGCUAUUAUCAUGCUGAGGGCCAUGAUAGGGGCGGUGGGCUCCAAUAUGGAGGAAGAGGAGAAUGCAAUCUGCAACAUCUUCACCAGUAUGCAGGAAAGACUGGCUGAGAGGAAGAAAAUUCUGUUGCGAGCGGCUCAAAGCCAACAUGACGAAAAGGAGAAGGCGCUAAAGGAGCAGCUCUCACACCUUGCUGCCCUCCUGCCAACCCUGCAGGUUCACCUGGUCACCUGCUCAGCCUUUCUCAGCUCAGCCAACAAGUUUGAGUUUCUGGACAUGGGAUAUCAACUAAUGGAAAGGCUGAGGAGGAUUGUGAAGCUCCCUCAUCAACUGCGACCAGUGCAAAGCAGCAAAAUUAACACAGGCUACAGGGUUGAGUUUGCUCGCUGUCUGGAGCCCCUCCUGCUGCUGGGACAGCGCCGCCCAGCCUCCAUUACCGGAGCAACUAGUAUUGCAGCCCUGCUCCAUUCCCCCUUCUCCAUGUCGUGCCGCUCCCCGUCCCUCAGUGACAUGCCCCUGGGCUCGGCCGCGGGGAGAAAGUCUACCUCCCACCGCUACAUCUGCACCAAGGUCCUCCUGGCAGAGGGGGGCGACACACCCUUUACUGAGCACUGUCGCAACUAUGAGAACAGUUACAGGACCCUCCAGACUGAGAUCCAGAACAUGAAGGACCAGGUACAGGAGCUACACAGGGACCUGACCAAACACCACUCCCUCAUCAACACAGACACCAUGGGGGAGAUCCUGGACCGCUCCCUGCACAUCGACGGACAGAUCUCCUCCCAGUACUCCUCUGUGGAGACCAUGAGGGCUCUGUUUGAAGAGAUUUGGGAGGAGACCUUUCAGAGGGUCACUAAUGAGCAGGAGAUCUAUGAAGCACAGCUCCACGACCUGCAGCAGCUGAAGCAGGAGAACUUGUACCUGACCACCAUCGCCCGACAGAUUGGACCAUACAUCCUGUCUAUCGCCAAGGUUAAAGAGCGCCUAGAACCAAGAUUUCAGGAGCCCAAAGAGCUUCAUGAUGACCGCACAGAAACCAUGCUGAAAAUCUAUGAGGACACCUCUAUGGCCAUGGACGCACAACACUGUGAAGAACACACCCGUCCCACUGACAGUGACUGGGAAAAGAACAUGGACAACCGCUCCCUUAUCAUACAGUCUGAUGAGGCUUCCAUCAAGACCAAUGACUACCAUUGGCCAGGAAGGCAGACAGCCAAUUACAAUGAGAUGCCAUUAUAAAGCAGAAUGUUACACUUUCCCCUCCCCCCUGUUUCCUGUGUGGCCUCCAGCUCAACACAACAGGACAGGGACAGCAUGUGACAUUAUCCUCUGUUCAGAUAGUCGCUCCUGACAUUUCAUGGUGACAUUUCUUGGCAGGGAGGUGUUGUCAUCAGCUCAGAGGUGAGUCCUUAGACAAACAGGUCUCAGAGGACUCCACUGACACUCACUGGACUCAAUGACUAACAAACUGGAGUCAAUGGACUCACUAAGAGGGCGGUGAAUCCCCUCCAAUCUCACUUGUCAAUGUGAAAAGAUCAAUCUGAUGGACCAGUAGAACACCUCAUUAUGGACUGAAUGGAUGGAGGAUCUGGAGUUUUAUGCUGAGGAAGUGACUGUGACUACCAUGUCUCAAUCAACAAUGCAUGGUUUUAGACCUGCAAUAACAUACAGAGCGAGAGUGCUUCCUCAGUUGAUAAUUCUAAAAUGGUCAUAUGUUGUUAUGCUGUGUUGUCCUGAAAGGGCUAUUCGUUUGAUUGUAUGGUUCUAAAACCAACGGUUGUAUAUGUAUCAUAUGAUCACUAGUUAUAUACAGUACAUAGUGGAAUGUAUCUGGUGAUGUAUGGCUUGUUGGUCCUCAUCCUCAGGUCAUAGAUAGUGCUGGUGUGACCUCAGUAAAUACAACAGUCAAGUGUAAUGAUGCACAUCAACUUGUGCAUUAAUCAUGGAGAAACUGGGUGAGUAUUGUCAAUGUGGUUUCCUUAAAUUACCCAAGAAUAUGCAGCAAAUUGGUGAAGCCGAGCUUAUGUGAGGGAAGCAAUGGCAAAAAUGUUGCGUCAGGCGCUGCUCCAGAAUCUCCCAUGUGUUCAAUUAGGUUGAGAGCUGGUGACUGAGACGGCUAUGGCAUAUGGUUUACAUCGUUGUCAUCCUCAUCAAACCAUUCACUCGUGCCCUGUGGAUGGAGGAAUUGUCAUCCUAUGGGGGCAUAGCCAUGGUAACCGCAAUACCCCAUAAUGACAAAUGCGAAAAACUGUUUUUUAGAAAUGUUUGCAAAUGUAUAGAAAACAGAAAUACCUUAUUUAGACAAGUAUUCAGACCCCUUGCUAUGAGUCUCAGAAUUGAGCUCAGGUGCAUCCUGUUUCCAUUGAUCAUCCUUGAGAUAUUUCUACAACUUGAUUGGAGUCCACCUGUGUGUUAAUUUAAAUUGAUUGGAGACGAUUUGGAAAGGCACACACUUGUCUAUAUAAGGUCCCACAGUUGACAGUGCAUGUCAGAGCAAAAACCAAGCCAUGCGGUUGAAGGAAUUGCACAUAGAGCUCUGAGACAGGAUUGUGUCGAGGCACAGAUCUGGGGAAGGGUACAAAAACAUUUCUGCGGCACUGAAGGUCCCCAAGAACACAGUGGCCUCCAUUAUUCUUAAAUGGAAAAAGUUUGGAAACCAGCAAGACUCUUCCUAGAGCUGGCCGCCCGGACAAACUGAGCAAUCGAGGGAGAAGGGCCUUGGUCAGGGAGGUGACCAAGAACCCAAUGGUCACACUGACAGAGCUCUAGACUUCCUCUGUUGGGAUGGGAGAACCUUCCAGAAGGACAACCAUCUCUGCAGCACUCCACCAAUCAGGACUUUAUGGUAGAGUGGCCAGACAGAAGUCACUCCUCACUAAAGGCACAUGACAGCCCACUUGGAGUUUGCCAAAAGGCACCUAAAGACUCUCAGACCUUGAGAAACAAGAUUCUCUGGUCUGAUGAAACCAAGCUUGAACUCGUUGGCCUGAAUGCCAAGCAUCUCGUCUGGAGGGAACCUGGCACCAUCCCUACGGUGAAGCAUGGUGGUGGCAGCAUCAUGCUGUGGGGGUGUUUUUCAGCGUCAGGGACUGGAAGACUAGUCAGGAUCGAGGCAAAGAUGAAUGGAGCAAACAACAGAGAUCCUUGAUGAAAACCUGCUCCAGAGCGCUCAGGCCCUCAGACUGGGGUGAAGGUUCACCUUACAACAGGACAACGACCCUAAGCACACAGCCAAGACAACGCAGGAGUGGUUUCGGGACAAGUCUCCGAAUGUCCGUGAGGGGCCCAGCCAGACCCCGGACUUGAGCCCGAUCGAACAUCUCUGGAGAGACCUGAAAAUAGCUGUGCAGCAAUGCUCCCCAUCCAAUCUGACAGAGCUUAAGAGGAUCUGCAGAAAAGAAUGGGAGGAACUUCCCAAAUACAGGUGUUCCAAGCCUGUAGUGUCAUACCCAAGAAGACUAUUUUAGAAUAAGGCUGUUACCUAACCAAAUUUAGAAAACGCCAAGGGGUCUGAAUACUCUCCGAAGGCACUGUAUGUGGAAGUAUCUGCUGUCAAUAUACUUUGAAUCGCUCAUUAAGUGUUUUCAUUAUUGUGUCAGUUACCUAUAAAUAUUUAUCUGGUGUAAAUACUAUU